AUAACACUCAGAGGACUUCAUGAUCAGCUGGUAAAGUUAUCAGCAUGUCGCUGAAAGAUUCAAUAGCUUUUGAAGUUAUUACGCCAGUUAUAUUAUUGGCAGGGUUAACGGGAAAUCUAUUCAUCUGUUGCCUCAUCAUCACAAACAAAAAACUGAGGACUUCAUUCAAUUACCUUCUCCUCAAUUUAGCCAUAUCUGACAUGUUAUGCUUGCUAUUUGGAACCCUCUUCUACGCGGAACAAAUUCACAUUCGCUAUUUCAGCACCGGAAAAUUUUCGCCAACUGACCUCGAGGGAAUUGUAUGUAAAGUAACUUUGGUGGGUAUUCACUUCACCACGCAAAUUUCCGUUCUUACUCUGGCUGCUAUUUCGAAGGACAGAUUUUACGCCAUAGUUCAUCCGUGGAAGCAUAGGAGAGCUUCGAAAAAGAAGAACACCCGUAUUUUGAUUGCAGUAAUUUGGCUGGUAGGGGUAAUUACAUCUUUGCCGAUGAUGCUACUCGUAAUGAAAAUUCCGAACAAGUUUCAAGGAAAAUCCUUUCCGGUUUGCUUAACUUUUCUCUUGGAAACUGGAACUCACAGCUUUAAAAUCAAAGUAAUUGCUUUUAUCAAUCUCAUUGCUACAUACAUAAUACCGAUGGCGAUAAUACUGCGAAGUUCACUGGCUCUUAUAAAACAUCUAUGGUGCCAUUGCUCGCAGCAGGAGGGAGAGCAAAUUCUCCUCAAAACGCGAAAACGUAUCACAAGAAUUUUGCUCAGCGUUAUUGUUGCUUUCAACGUAUUUUGGCUGCCAUGGGCAGUUGUAGGGGGUUCACUCUUAAUCGGUGCUGUACGAGAAAUCAAGGACAAAUCGAUGGUAAUUAUGUUAAGUUUGGUUUGGUCGAGUGCAAGCGUUAAUCCAAUUCUCUACUCUCUUCAAAGUCGAUCGUUUCGAAAAAUGGUUGGAAAAAUGCUUCGCUGUCACUCGGGUUGAAACUUUAAUCAGUUAAAAAAUGAAGGGAGAAAAACAGAAAACGAAGUUAUUAUUCUUUCAGAUUAUAUGCUGACAUAAAUAUUCGUGUUCAGAUUAAGUGUCGAUUUGGACCAAAUAAUUUAAAACAUUUGAAGCAAAGUUUCAGUGGGUUGCUAUUUUCCUCCUUGAGAAUAGAUGUCAAGAGUGUGACAUAAAAGCUUAAUUCUAAACCAUUCAAAAUAAAUGUCAUAAAUUAUCGAAAUUUUGCGUUCCAAUUUUUUUCAGAAAAGCGUUAUUGUAAUACUGCAAACCUACAGCUGGCUGAAAAUAACGCAUCAAUGUAAAUGAGAAAUAAUGAUAAGUAAAUAAAUACGUUGAAAACGGG